AUCAUUUUCAAUGGUCUAUUCUCUGUGCAAUCUUCUUUCCGUCAUUUUCGAUGCAAUAUCCUCUUUGACAAAGCGGCUGCUCUGCUUAGCUCGCAGCACGCCCUUCUUUGCCUCCGUUUCUACGAACAUUUUGAGACCCCUAAAUGCGUGGUCUCAAUCAAGGCGAAGGCCGUGUUAGUCGAUGGCGUAACUAGAGUGGAUGAAGAAGAAGAGGAUCUAGAUCUGAAAACUAGGUAUGAUUGCGUAGAGCAUCUGAGGAACCUCUGUGAAUUGGGUUCAAGGAUUCUGAAGAGGGUAAAGUAGAAAUUCAAAUUUGGGGAAUUAGGGUUUGUGGGUUGGGGGGUUGAAUGUUAGGAAUAAUGUGUAUGAUUGGAGAGAUGUAAAGCUAGGAGUGGAUGAAACUACGUACAAUUUCCGCACUCUGUACGAGAUUGAAUGUGAGAGCAAUGAACCAGAAAGAGUGAAGGGGAUGAUUGAGGAUUUGAGGAGUUCUUGAAGGAGAAUGGAAUUGAGUAGUCUUAUUCUGAGAAGUACAAGUUUGCUUUAUUCGGGGAGGGGGAAUUGCCUCUCCAUUGCUCUCUGGAUCCAUUAACGGCUUCAGCUGGGUCUUGGAUGAUACUUGAGCAAUCGUGGCGGUAGCUGAGCGCUAGCUGCUUAGCGAGGGUGGUUGGCUUCGUGUGCGGCGUCUUGUGCUAAGGCCAUGUGAUGGGGAAAGCAGUAAACUAUGGUAGCGUCGACGACGACGACAAAACAUGGCAGUGAUUGAAGUAUCACUGACAUCGAUGAAAUUUUAAUAGAUGUCGACAUGGACGAUGUCAUCGGUGACAUCAUUGGUGGCGGCUGGGAGAGCCGGCAUCGGCAACGAUUGAGGCGGUGUCAUUGGUGGCAUCGUUGGUAGCACCUGGGCCGGCAUCCCCGGUGGCGCAUGACACAAUUGAGAGACAACAGAGCUAUGUUUUAAUAUAUAUUUGAAGGAAAGAGAGAUGGGGAGAAAGAUUGAUAGGAAGAGAUUGUGUGUGCAAGAGAAGAUGAGAUUAAUUGUGUUAAUUAUUCCUAUUUAUAAAAGUUUAAGUUUGAACUCUUUUUUGGGACAUGACAUAUGUGUGGUCCUUUUCCCACUUACUGUAUAAACAUUAAUAAGGGGUGAUAAAUAGAGCUUCAACCGAAACCACUGCACAUUACUUUCAUCAAACUUCUGAUUUGUACCCCUUUUACGUAAAGAUAGCUGUGUGAGGGGUGCCUGCAAAAAUGACAAAUACUUGAUUUCCAACCUGAUGGAUUCACUAAUUAGAUGCAGCAGGGGUGGUGCUGCAGAUAAAGGGGGAGCGUUGAUCGAGGUUUCUGUAACCAACUAUGGAAAAACAAAAGGGUGAGGAUUGGAGGGAGAUGGUGAGAAAUAUGCUUCCUCCAGGGGUUCCCCUCCCCGCAGAGGAUGCUAAUCUAGAUUACUCUAUAGCUCUGGAGUACAAAGGUCCCCCAAUAUUGUAUGACCUUCCAAAGGUGGAGCCCAUCGAUACUAACUGUAAUGCAAUUCCGAGAGCAUCUGGAGCAGAAUCUCAUUCAGAUUCCAGGAGAUCAAUGACCCAUGAUGUCCUUGACCCAAUCCCUAUACCGGUCUCUUGUAUUGCCGGUGUCACCAGUCCACGCAUUCAGAGUCCUAGGGUGUCGAGAAGCUCCGAGUCCCAGGUGUCUGUCCUGAGUCCUGGAUCAUCAUCUGGUUCGCUCUCGGCAUCUCCUGCUUCGGCAGACAACCCUGCAGAAAAUGCUAGGAUACCUGUGGUCAAUCAGGGGAAGAGAGCUCCAGUCGUGACUUUCAAUACUGUUGAUAGAUCCGUGAAGAAAAUGGAGGAUCGGGCUUUUAAUGAGUAUGUUGGAGUUUCCAAAGAAAACAAAAAGAAGAAAACAAGACUGUGUUGCAGGUGUGGAAAAGCAAAGUGGGAAACCAAGGAGCCCUGUUUGGUUUGUGAUGCAAAGUAUUGCAGCAGUUGUGUGCUUAGAGCUAUGGGUUCGAUGCCCGAGGGGCGAAAAUGUGUUUCAUGCAUUGGCGAGCCAAUUGAUGAGUCCAAGCGGUCUAAGCUGGGAAAACACUCCAGAGUGUUGUCACGUUUACCUAAUCCUUUGGAAGUUAAGCAAAUAAUGAAAGCUGAGAAAGAGUGUGCUGCUAAUCAGCUUAGACCUGAGCAGCUGAUUGUUAAUCGGUUCCCUUUGAAAUCAGAAGAGAUGGCUGAACUAUUUGGAUGCCCUUUACCUCCUCGAAAGUUAAAGCCCGGUAGAUAUUGGUAUGACAAAGAAUCUGGUCUUUGGGGAAAGGAGGGAGAAAAACCUGAUAGAAUUGUGUCUUCAAACCUGAGUUUCACUGGGAAGCUUAGUCCUGACGCAAGCAAUGGGAACACAGAGGUCUACAUGAAUGGCCGGGAGAUAACAAAACGCGAACUCAGAGUUUUGACGCUUGCGAAUGUGCAAUGUCCCCGUGACACCCACUUUUGGGUAUAUGAUGAUGGCCGCUAUGAGGAAGAAGGACAAAAUAAUAUUAGAGGAAAUAUAUGGGAAAAGGCAUCAACACGGUUCCUCUGUACAUUGCUUUCCCUUCCUAUACCCAAUGGUCAGUCACAUAGUCAAAAGGAUGAACCAAGCACAUAUACCUCUGUUCCAAAUUAUUUGGAGCAGAAAGGAGUUCAGAAACUUCUAUUACUUGGACUUGGAGGCUCUGGAACCAGCACCAUAUUCAAACAGGCCAAAUAUUUGUAUGGGAACAAGUUUAGUGCUGGAGAGCUGCAAGAUAUUAAGCUCAUGAUUCAAAGCAAUAUGUACAAGUAUCUAAGCAUUCUCCUUGAUGGACGGGAACAUUUUGAAGAGAAGGCUUUUUCGAAACGAAACGAAGGCGGAGUUCACUCAUGGGAAUGUAACCAAUGUGUAUAUUCUCUAAACCCAAAGCUGAAGCAUUUUUCUGAUUGGCUGUUGGAUAUCAUAGCCACUGGAGAUUUAGAUUCUUUUUUCCCUGCAGCAACUCGUGAAUAUGCCCCCCUAGUUGAAGAGUUGUGGAAGGAUCCAGCCAUACAGGAAACAUACAAGAGGAAAGAUGAACUUCCCUUCCUUCCAGAUGUUACCGGUUAUUUCUUAAGCAAGGCUGUUGAGGUAUCAAGCAAUGAGUAUGAACCUACAGAGCGUGACAUAUUGUAUGCUGAAGGGAUUACCCAGGGUAAUGGCUUAGCCUUCAUGGAAUUCUCAUUGGAGGAACGUAGCCCAAUGUCUGAAAUCUAUGCAGACAAUCUUGAAUCUCUUCCACCGCCUCUGACUAGGUACCAACUUAUAAGGGUAAAUGGCAAGGGAAUCAAUGAAGGGUGGAAGUGGGUAGAGAUGUUUGAAGAUGUGAGAGUGGUUAUCUUCUGUGUUGCUUUGAGUGAUUAUGAUCAGAUAUGUGUUUCCCCAGAUAACAAUGGUAAUGGAAAGCUAUUGCAAAACAAGAUGAUGCAAAGCAAGGAACUAUUCGAAGCAAUGAUACGUCAUUCUUGUUUCAAAAACACCCCUUUUGUAUUGUUGUUGAACAAGUAUGAUCUAUUCGAAGAGAAGAUGGCGCGAGUGCCUUUGGGUACUUGCGAGUGGUUUGCUGAUUUUAGCCUUGUGCAAGCUAAUAACAAUCAAGCACUAGCGCAACAAGGCUACUACUACAUUGCGAUGAAGUUCAAAGACCUCUAUGCAUCCCUCACAGAUAGAAAACUCUUUGUCUGGCAAUUGCGAGCAAGAGAGAGAGAGACAGUUAGCGAAGCAUUCAAGUUUAUAAGAGAGGUAAUCAAAUGGGACGAGGAGAAGGAGGAUAAUUAUAUUGGUGGGGUUGAUGAUUCAUUCUAUAGCACAACCGAUGUUAGCUCGUCUCCUCUUAUCAGGCAAGGGUGAAGAAAUCAUUGGUAGGUACUAUGGGGUUGGUUUGCAUUUUGUACAUAAGCGGGUAUAGAUAAUAAUGUAAUGAAACCAACUGUCUCAAAAUUCGUUUCCCAUCGGAUCUAGUUGUCUUGAAGUUCGUGCUUAAGUCUAUGUUC